AUGGUUGAUAGUGUACCAAAAAUCCCUACUCUUACUUCCUCCCGAGCAUCUUUCUAUAAACCAGGUCUGAUCGAAGAUACGCUAGAACCCCGCCACCAUUUGCUGUACGAUCCGCUCUCCAGAGAUGCCCAAAGUUUGCCUGUUACCACUCCCCAGCAGUCACAGCCCCUUAGAAGCUCCUCUGCCCCAUUGACCAAUCUUCCCUUGACAACAGAGACAGUUACAAGAAGUAGUUCCUCAGCAACCAUCGACGGGUCGACUCAAAUCACCACUACGCCACCUCAGCAGACUGCAGUAAUUCAGCCUAGCGAAACCGAACCUCGUAGAGCUAAUGUGGCUCUGCAACGCUCAUCAACGCCUCUGAAGACAGUCUCUGCUGCAAUGGAGCGAUCAUCCCGAGGCCCUGAUGACCCCAGGCUGAACGUGGAUCUCAUUACGGGUAUUUAUAUUGAGCGACCUCGACAUCCGGAGUACAACAACCUUCAGACUAGAAUUGACACGUUCACAGAUUGGCCAGCCCAUCUAGAUCAGGAUACAAGACAGUUGGCAGAACUAGGCUUUUUCCACGUUGCAGAUCUGAACACGACAGAUCCUCUCCAAAGUGAGUUGGGCCGCAGUCUUAUUGAUAUGGGAUUCACAGAAGAUCAAGUGAAGGACGGUAUCACAGGAGCUAGAAAGCGCCUUGGAAGAACAGAUGUUACUGCUAACGAAGUUAUUGAUUGGUUGGAUGCAAAUACACCUCCUUCAGCUGUUGAAACAAAAACACAGCUUAGAGCCGUUGUCAGGCAAGAAGACACAACAACCACCUCAACAACAACCACUACCAGCAGCAGUAGCAGGAGUGCCAAUACUCUGACAACCAGUCAUAGCCAGGUCAACUCGGAGGUUGCUGUGGCUGGUGCCAACAUCACAGCAACGGCUACGCCCGCCACAUCAAUGACUGCAGGUGGCAAUAAUGAUGAUGACGAGGAGUAUGAAACUCCACCUGAAGGAAACACCUCGGGUCAAGCCAAAAAUGGAGGGAAGAAGAAAAACAAGAGGAAAAGCAAGGGAGCUAAUGCUGCCAGCAAAAGUUCUAAUGAAGGGGCAACAGCUCAACAAACUGAAAACCUAGACCCAGCUGCAAUUCAAAAAGAGAACGAGCGUUUAAGAGAUAUGCAGACCUGUAAGAUCUGUAUAAAGCGGCCCGUUGGUACCACACUACUCCCCUGUGGACUUACAUCUGAAAUAGAAGAUAUUGUUACGUUCCAACUGUGA